GUUUGUUUUCGUUUAUUGUUGUUGCACAAACUCUAGACAAAAUUUCACUUUUACCAAAUUCAACGUUAACAAUACAUUAUAAACAAAGUGUAAAAAAGUAUUCCAUUUGCUCACUCUUUCGCUCUCUCUCUUGCUCUCUGUUGGCUGGUUUGGUCUUUGCUUGCUCAAUGGAAAUUAUCGCUUGGCUGGCCAAUUCGACGCUGAUAACUGUUAGUAGUCCAUGACGAUGGCGUUGAUAAGCCAGGCCAAAUAGACAGCAAAGCCAAAAUAAUAUCGAUCACCAAAAAAAAGGCACAACUAAAUUAUAUCCUAAUCCAACAAAAUAUAGAAGCUAAUUCAACAUGUAUAUAAUCCAUCGUAUUCUGCUCACUGGACUGAGUACCUGCCUGCUCUUGUAUAUAGCUAUCAAAUACACUUUGGGCUACUGGAAACGACGCGGACUUUUGCAUGAGAAACCAAAAUUCCUAUGGGGUAAUCUCAAGGGUGUUAUACAAGGCAAAAGACAUGUACAAGAGGCCCUUCUCGAUGUAUACAAGGCUUUCAAGGGUCGUGCCCCAUUUAUAGGCUUCUAUGCCUGUUUGAAACCCUUCCUUUUGGUCACGGAUUUGGAUCUGGUGAGGAAUAUAUUGAUAACAAAUUCGGGAAAUUUCACUACACGCGGCAUGUAUAACAAUUUGAAGGGUGAACCCUUGACGGGAAAUCUCCUUCAGCUGGAUGGACACAAAUGGCGUGCCCUUCAUGGUCAAACUGUUGAGGUGUUUACCUCAAGUAAUCUUCAGAAGCUUCUAAGCAGAUUGAUUGCCAUAUCCCACAGAAGUCAACAGAAAAUGGGCCAGUUUAAGCUGAAAAAUGUGAAUAUAAGCCAAUUAGUGGAUAAUUAUAAUAUAGAUGUUAUAGCUUGUAUGACUUUUGGCAUGGAUCUAGCGGCGGAUAAAGAGGAAUUCCGUCAAAUGUCCCAAAGAUUGUGGCACAAUUUUAGUCUAUGGCGUGCCUAUUUGGCUCUGGAGUUUCCCUUUUUGGCCAGCAUCUUUCAAUAUAAGAAUUACGAUGACAAGGCCGUGGCGUAUUUUUAUAAUCUCACUCUGAGACAGCUGGAGGAACAGCGCAGACGAGAUCGCCAGCCACUGCAGAGUUUUCUUCAGCUUUAUUCACGCUCGGAGAGUCCACUAAGUGAUAAGGAAAUUGCUGCCCAAGCAUUUGGUUUCAUAGUGGCUGGAUUGAAUCCACUUAAUGCCACACUAAGUUUUUGUCUCUACGAGUUGGCCCAACAAACCGAGUUGCAGGAGCGCACAAGAGCAGAGAUUGCAGCGGUUCUGAAGCGGCACAAUGGACAGCUGACGGCGGAUGGACUCAAAGAGUUGCAAUUUACCAAGCAGGUGGUGCAGGAAACCCUACGUUUGCAUUCGCCAUAUCCAUUUGUCGUGCGUCGCUGCACCAAAGAGUUUGAGGUGGACAAUUCGGUAUUUGUCAUAGCCAGGGGUAAUAAUAUCAUUAUUCCCACUGUUGCCAUUCAUCGUGAUCCAUCGAUUUAUGAGGAACCUUUGCGUUUCGAUCCCAGUCGCUUUGAUGCAGCUGCUCUAAAAUCACGUCCCGCCAUGUCAUUUCUGCCCUUUGGUGCUGGUCUCCGUGGCUGUUUGGCCUCCCAGCUAGCGGAACAGCAACUAAUUGUGGGCCUGGUUGCUCUGCUGCAGCAACAUCGUUAUGCACCAUGUGCGGAUACGACAAUUCCUUUAAAAUAUGACACUAAAAAGUUGCUAUUAAUGCCAAAAAGCGACAUUUACCUGAGUGUAGAGCGAGAAGAGAGCUAAGUGAUUGCUAUCAAGUUUCUAUUGUUUUCUUUAUUGUACAAAAAGGUUUAAGUUGUUUUAGUUUUCCCUUCAAAUACGUUAAACAAACAUUUUUUUAAUUUGCUGCAAUAGCUUUGUAUGUACAUGUGAUAAGACACUUAAAUUUAUAUUAUAAUUUUGACUGCACCAAGAACAAAUGAGAUGAACAAAUAAAUUAAUUGUUAAAAUUAUAAGUGGAAAUAUA